UCAUAACUGUAUACGUUCACCCAUGCGUGGCAAGUUGGUAUUUUUCUAGCAGAACUCGUUUUCAGUUAUCACACCAAGUCAAUAACGUAUCUAAUAUCCGAAUGGGAGCUGCCGAAUCGCAUCUAGCUCGACUUCAACAACGUCGGGAAAACCGUCGCACCAGCCAUUGCUGCUUUGAAGAUGCCGAGUGCCGACUUCGAAAACCAUGCAGUAAGUUACCCGACGUCAUCGACUACGGUGAGGAUGCGUUGGACCGUCAGCCAAGGUCGUCGUCGAUUUCGCCUGACAUGAUGGGGAGCACGUUCAAUUUCCUGUCCGAUGUUGACUUCCCGUAUGAGAACGUUGUGUUUGAGGGUGGCGGCAGUCAGGGGACUGCUUAUAUUGGGGCUGUGAUAGAGCUGGAGCGUCUCGGGCAUCUUGAAAAGUUGCGUCGAUUCGGAGGGGCUAGCGUGGGCUCCAUCACCGCUGCUAUGCUUGCAUUAGGGUAUACCUCAGACAAGUUCCUUGAUGUCAUGAAAUAUGGACCAUUCUUCAACGAUGCACUCGAUGCUCGAUGUGGUCCGUGUAGCAUGGUUCCGAACGUCCUCCGCAAUCUCGGAUGGCACCCUGGUCGGUCCUUUUACCGCUGGAUGGGGGAAGUGGUGGAGGAGAAGUUGGGUAGCCCAAAUGCCACCUUUCGGGACCUCUACGAGGCGACAGGCAAGGAACUUUGCAUAGUGGUCACCAAUCUCAGUCUGAAGAUGGAAGAGUAUUGCCACGUGAAGACCACGCCCCUUUUGCCGAUCAGAGCCGCCGUCAGGAUGUCCAUGGCCAUUCCAGGUGUUUUCUUUCCAUUCCAAUGGAAGUACAUUGAUCGUACUGAUUUGUAUGUGGAUGGAGGUGUGCUCUGUAACUACCCAGUUCAUUGCUUUGAUGGGUGGUGGUUGUCCAUGAAGCCGGAAGAUAGUUUCCUUCGUAGGUUGCAACCCUUGAAUGAUGUUGGCAAACUACUCACAAAGAAAGCUCGCUUCGGAACAUUCAAUGAGAAGACUCUAGGUUUCAUUCUGUUUAGCAAUCAUGACCAGCAUGUUCUCGCAACAAACCCAGCCCUACUACCGAUCCCAGCUCCAAUACCAAACACACGGUUGGCAAGAGCACACCAAGUAUUUAUGAAGCAGCAUGAACGUGAACUGAGGAAGCAUCGAAUCAAAACCGACGCCAUGACUCGUUUUGUCAAAGUUCUGAACGAUAACAACCUAGACGGAAACGAUAAUAUCGACAUUGGCGAGUUUCGGCGGGCUUGUGCACAGACCAAUGAGUUCACAUCAUCUCACGCGAGGGCGCUCUUUGGCGAUCGUUUGAUGUCUGCCACAGAAAUGUUUGAGCUUCUAGAUAUCAAUAAGGAUGGACGGUUAGACUACCACGAAUUGAUGAACCUGGCCGAGUGGAAUGGGGUUGGACUUCAAACACAUCUCAUUGGGGCUGGGCGGAUGGAUGUUAAGAAUCUUACCGAGCUCAUCACUGGCCUCUUCCAGUCCCUCGUGAUGAAUGUUAAAAGAUCCUUCCUAGAGAGUGAUGACAAUGAACGAACAGUCUUGAUCAACACUGUUUAUAUGAAGUGUCUUGACUUCGAUGGCGAACCAGAAGAUUGGGACUUCCUCGUUGAGCAAGGAAAACGGGCGCUUCAGGCCUUCUUAUACCACAAGCGGACGUUGGCAGAAAAUGCAAGUCCUGAUUCUGGUGGCGAGAAAGCUAACUCAUAAUUUGCUGCUGGUAUCUCAUACAGGGAAGUAAUGAUCGCCUUUCAGACAGUGAUUCUGAGCCUUCUUGGAAAAAAUCUAAAAAGUACACUGUUUUUUAUCAUGCCUUUUUCAACAGGGGUGGCAUUUAAAAUGUUUCCGUUACAAUAUAGCAAUUUUUCUCUCUGUGAGUUUAACAUUUACUACAAAAACAAUGAUUUAAAAUAAGUUUACAGGGUUUAGGCGAAUGCGAAGCAAACAAUAUUAUGUGCUCCAUGUUACUAACGUUUUAUCAAUAAAUUAUUUGAUAUGAACAAUAAUUCGUUUUGUAACUUCAAAAGAAAACAAGAAAGUCACUCACCUACUAUAUUGUUGCUGUAAUUACGUUUAACUAAUGACAUUAAUACCGAUUCUAUUGGCAUAGAUGUCCGAGAAACCCGAGUUAACAUGUUUUUUCUUCAAUAUUCUAAAAUUCAUUUAUUUCGCAUCUCUAAAACACAAACAAGAUACAUUGCAUCCCGAUUGUUAAUUAGUUAAAUCUAUGUUAUUAUCAGAAUAUUUGAAGUAAAAUUUUUGUGUCGUUGCAUCCUUUUUGUCGUGAAUUCAUUCCUCCUUCGAUUUAGUCAUUACCAAUAUCUCCAUCAUGACCACCAUCAUCUCCAUGGCCUUCAUCAUCAUCACACCGUCACCCUCAGCUUUAUCAUCUUCAUCUUCAUACUAAAAAUAUUGCAUGAAUCGAUGUUUCGUAUUCAAAAUAUAUGCCCAUUCUGCUUUAUAAAUGUAUUGAUUAAUUUAAUUAGUUUUAGUUUGGGAUUGUUUUUUCUUUUUCAAGCAAUCUGCUUAUGAUGACAAUCCUCCUGCAAAUUGUAAAUAUCAUAUAA